AUGGCAUUGAGUAAUGGAGUUGAGAUUACUUCAGAGCCAGAUAGCUCGAACAGUCCGGGAGGCAGCAAAUCCUCGAACUUCGUGGACUCGAUGAAGCCUUCAUCGACAGGUAGUCAAGGUCAAGGUCAAACGCAAAAGCCCUACUUUGACGACGUUGGACCCAGAAACGUCACAGCUGUUGUGGGACAAUCUGCUAUGCUUAAGUGUAGGGUCAAGCAUCCUGGAGAAAGGACGCGAUCCCGCUGUCCAAUCGAUAACGAAGGAUGGAAGGGAUGCUCCAAUCUAAUAUACUCGUACGGCUGA